AUGAAUCACCGCCUCUUCGACGAGCAACCGCACUCCACCCGUACUGUUCCUCGGCUCCUUAGAGCCAUCGAAGAAGCGAGAGGAAUCAUCCUUUCGCCCGAUCCUCCAAGACAAGAGGAUCUCGAAUACAAUGAUCUCUCGAAGUUCCUUCCCUACAAGGAGCAGAAUGAGAUGAAAAUUCUCCCCACCAUUGACCCAAGCCCGUGGUAUCAAAAAUGGAAAGAGGUCUCGUACCGAAAAUGGUCGGAAAGUCAUGAUCCGAUGAAUGAUGACAUCACAAUGCAACCGGUGGAAAACAAUCACCAUACAUUCCAAGUCACCACGCAAACGUCUGAGUUGUCUCACCCAUCGAACUCCUACUCCUUCAAAGUGUCCGGACUCGACCCUGACACAAAGUACAUCAUUGGACUACGUUUCAAUGCGGAGCCCAAAGAAGCCUACACCUUCCAUCAUGAGAUGGGAGCGUUGGUGCCAUACGACAUGGUACAUCCCGACUAUCUGAGCUCCAUGGAAGUCAGGAUGAGGCUACAAUAUGGAGGAGACCUGGAGAACGGAUCAAUCGACUUUGGAGGAUUACGGUUUGGAGGAUGUUAUUCUGCGCUCAAGAAUUCGAAGGAUUCGAAUGUGAUCCUCCUGUCCAUGCACAGAAAAUGGACACCCAUCAUCACUCUCUACACAGAAGAAUCGGAAGUCAUACGGGAGUUUCAAUUCCACGAAAUGGAGUUCAUAAGCAAGUUCCCUUAUCACCAGUACCAAGUGUUCGCCAGAAGCCGGGAGAAUCUCGAAGAAGACAACCGAAAAUAUAAAGAGGAGAAGUUCAGGAGAUUGGUGAUAGACAUUCGGGAAUUGGAACGCCUUUCAAAGAUUGUGGCACAGUGGGAGAAGGUGCAGGAGCAGCCAGAAUGCCCUGGACAACCUUUCCAUAUGUUCCCAAAGCCAAGGGAAGAUGGUACCAUAAUCAUCUCGAUUGGAAACUACGUCUACAAUUUCGAAGACAAGAAAGAGUUCUUCUUAAAGAUUCGAAAGUACCGACUGUUUGUUACGGAGGAGUCGAUGAAGAAAAAGAUCGAGUCUGAAACUCGAGGACAACGAGAAAACCCAGAAGAAGACUACACGGAAGAUGAAGUCUCAGAGGAAGAAGAGGAGGAGUAUGAUGUGCCAAGAAAAAGAAGAGGAAAAUCAGAGAAGAGGAAAACGUCACAGAAGCAAUCUGGCAGAAGGAAGAAGAGGAAGUGUUCCAUUCAACGUGAAGAGCCCUCUAUCGCAUUCGUUGAUUGGAAUGAGAGAAGGAAGAGAGAGAAAAUAAAAGAGGACGACGAGUUGAAUGCCAUGUGGGAUUCAAUAAGAAGAGGAAGCACUGGAGAGGAGUCUGAGCAGUGGUCGUCAACAAACUCGACAAGAUCGUCAGUGUCUCCAGUGUCAUAA